AUGUCGAAGAAUAGAUCUCUCCUUUCAAGGAUAUUAUUAAAGCCUGUAUUCUCAUUCUUUUUUUGGAUUUUCUUGUCUUCCAUAGUACCGGUUUUCCUAGAAACUGAUUUUCCUCUUGGAAAUAAGCCGCAGUAUGAUCAGGACAGAUACUUAACCAGUACGUCAUUGUACCGUCUAAAUUCAGAGAGCGUUCUUUCUUCUGGAUUAGUCAAUUCAGAUAUAGUAAUUGUGACUGCACAUCCCGAUGAUGAAUCGAUGUUUUUUACUCCAAGCAUCAUAGAGCUUGCUAAAAGAAACUACAAUAAUACGUUGCAUCUAUUAUGUUUGUCCAACGGCAAUUACGAUGGUCUUGGAAGUGUCAGACAGCAAGAAAUCGUGAAAGCAGCCAGUUUCCUUCAAAUAGAUGAUGUAAAGGUUUUAGACUUUGAGGACGAUAUUCACAAGAAAUGGAACAAGAAUGAUAUUUCAAAUACUCUUACUGAAGAACUGGAGCAUAUGGAUUUGAAAACACAUAGAAUCAGAUUGUUGACAUUUGAUGAUCGUGGAGUUUCGGGCCAUCCUAAUCAUUUCUCUCUUUUUUACGGAUGUAAACAGUUUAUUAAAGAUUACACCAGUAAUCAUGAGGGAAGAUAUGCCUCGGUCAGAAUGUUCGCUUUGAAGUCAUGGAGUUUACCUGAGAAAUAUUCAUCUUUUCUCUGGGUGAAUAUUCAGUUGAUUUACAAGUAUUUGGUUCAACUUGGAAUAACUAGAAGGAUUGAAAUUUUGGUAAACCAUUUUACAAAUAAAAAUGUAAUUGCAUUGCCCGAAAGUUUAAGUGGUAUGAAACAUAGCUUCAUCAUUUACAACAACUUUAAUUCCUGGUUCGUGAGUCUAUCAACGAUGACGUAUGCUCAUUAUUCUCAGAUUGUCUGGUUUCGGUGGUUCUGGAUCUUCCUAAGUAAAUAUAUGAACUGCAAUGAACUAGUGUUGGUUGCGAAUGUUUAA